AUGUCCGCCAUGGAGACCGACAUCAACGCGCCCCCGCCGCCCACCCCCGCCGGCGAGGGAUCAUCCGCGGCCGGUCCGUCGUCCUCCUCCUCCCGCAAGCCCAACAAGCGCUUCGAGAUCAAGAAGUGGAACGCCGUCGCGCUCUGGGCAUGGGAUAUCGUCGUCGACAACUGCGCCAUCUGCCGCAACCACAUCAUGGAUCUAUGCAUCGAGUGCCAGGCGAACCAAGCUAGCGCGACCAGCGAGGAGUGCACUGUCGCUUGGGGUGUCUGUAAUCAUGCUUUUCACUUCCAUUGCAUCAGCAGGUGGCUUAAGACUCGCCAAGUGUGCCCAUUAGACAACAGUGAGUGGGAGUUCCAGAAAUAUGGCCACUAG